AUGCAACAACAAGAACAACAACAUUCCCUCCUUCGGCAACAUGCUCACCAAUUCUGUGGGUGGUUCACUCAACAACGACUCUCCCUCUCUCCCUAUAUUUCCUCCCAAGAAGAAUUUCAUCUUCAUUCGCCUCACUUUUGUAUUGUUCAUGUUCCGAUGGAUUCCAUUGAUGACUAUUGUCGACGAUUUCUUCUUCCAAUCCUUGAUAUGAAAUCUUCAAGUAAUUCUCAGCAUGAACAACAUUCAUUCAAUCUCUUUAAAACUCUUUUUUGUAAAAUCCUUCAUGAUGAAUUUCAUAUCAAUAUUGUACCAACCUCCAAUAAUAACAAUAAGCUUCAUUUCAAACGUUUUGUCGUAUUGAGUGAUUCACAUUCUCAAGAGAAAGCUCUCUAUCCCAAAACCAAUGGAGAUAUCCUUUUGCAUUGUGGAGACUUUACCAAUGGUGGAUCUUUAGAAGUUUACUUUUUCGAUUAUUUCUAUGAACCUAAUUCAAAGGUGGAAUUUUUCUAG